AAGAUGGUCCCUUCUGGCCUAACUGAGACCUGAUCCAGAUAACUGCAUUCCCAGCUUUGCGAUGGAAUGUUACUCCCUGUGAUGAUCAGUAAACAGCUUUACAGAGGUGAAAUCAGUAUUGAAAACCUCUCCGAAAAAGUGCAAUCAUGCUUAAAAUAGUACCAGACUCAGCAAGAUUUCAGCCUCGGCCUAAUGGACCCAUUGAGAUGAAUGUACAUUUGUUCAGUUCUUGCUUUACACAGACUGAUGGUAAUUCUGCAUCAGGACUCUUAAAGUCAAACCUUCGAAUGGAGGAGUCAGCUGGAGUUCAUUCUCAGAAGAAAGCUCAAGAACAGAGGGAAACUGGGAAAGGAGUAUUCCCAUUAGACAAAACUGAAGCUCUUGGUUUCCAAAAUCAGCAAACUGAAGUGUCUUCAGAGAGUGGAUGCCAACCAAAGAAAUUUGAUCAGAACUGCACACGCCUUAGCUCCACAGGUACAGAUCCUAGCAGGAAGCAGAAGGAACUCUUUAGCAGUGCAUUUCAAAGUCCUGAGUCAUACAAUGGAAGUAGGCCUUUGGUUUCUCCUGUAUACAGGGACUGCACCAAGCAGAAUGAAGUGGGCCAGGACUGGAAGACUGUAAAAGUCACACCUGUCAUGAUAUCCCAUGGAGAUCCAGCUAGGAAACCAACCCUUUUAAGAAGUGUGAGUCUUUCUGAAAAGGAACUGAAAGAUGCUAAGGACAGAAGUCAAAAAAUUGCUGCUCAGCUAACAACUCCACCCAGCUCUAGCUCAAAGGGAGUAUUAUUGUUUAAUAAGCGUAAACAAAGAGUCAACAAAUUUACCUGGGAAAGUUACGGAAAGGGAAGGCAAGGACUUGUUGAAGAAAAAUCCCAAGGACCUGAUAAAAACAGUCCAAAAUGUGAGAAAGCAGUUAAUUCCAAGUACUUAAAGUCAUGGCUGUCUUGUGAUGACUCUAGGGUACAUUAUACAAAAGCAGGACACAUGUCUGAAAACGAGAUGGAAGACUACAGUGAAAAUAUUACUAAUGCAGAGAAUUUAGUAGAAAAGGUGGAGCAAAGUGGUGACUAUGACAUUGUAAAUGACAAUCAGACCACUGAGAUGACUGCAGAGCAGAGUGAGGUGUCUUCUUCUUCAAAAAGGGAAGGCAGCCCACUGAAGGCGGAAUUGCAGAUUGAUUUAAUGGCACCAGUAACAAAUGGUCAUCGUGUUUCAGAUUCAUCAGAGAGCACUCUGCAUGUCAGUGAAAUACAGUGCAACCUAGCACUUCAGUCUUCAGCAGCCAAACCAGCAUCUGUGCUCAACAGAACUGCAAAGCCAUUUGGUAUACAAUCUCCAACCGAGUCCAAUAUUUCUAGAGAUCAAAGUCCUGUGCCAGAUGUUGUUUUACCACCCAGAUGUUCACCAGUACCAGCAUUUUCAAGUCCUCCACCACCCAGAUGUUCACCAGCACCAGCAUUUUCAAGUCCUACACCACCUAGACAUGCACCAGAACCAACAUUUCCAAGUCCUGUACCACCCAGGCAUGCACCAGAACCAACAUUUCCAAGUCCUACACCACCCAGGCAUGCACCAGCACCAACAUUUUCAAGUCCUACACCACCCAGGCAUGCACCAGCACCAACAUUUUCAAGUCCUACACCACCCAGGCAUGCACCAGCACCAACAUUUUCAAGUCCACCAACAAUAAAUAGAGUUACUUCUCCUACAUUGUUUAUAGCCUCCUACCAGCCAUCUACAGAACCAACAUCAACAUUUGCACAGGGCUAUAACUAUGGACUAAACAAGCCAAGUCCUAUAAAAAAAACAGGGAUUUUAGAUGAUCUUAAAAUGUACAAAUCAGUAAAAAAGCCAAUGUUUACAUUUCAUGAGAAGCCAAAACUGGCUCCUAAUCCUGAUCUGUUGGCAAUGGUCCAGAAUGUAGAUGAAAAAAGGAAACAUAAAGAACAAGAAACACCAGCUGAAGAAGAACACCUUGCCCUUGGAGCUGAAGCUUCCAAUUUCUUACAUAAAGAUGCAUCAGCAGAAGAAAAUGCCUCAGAAACUGCACCUGAGUGGGCUUCAACUCUAAAGAGUUCGGAUAUAAGAGCAAGGCAUAAUUUUAAGCAAGCUCAGGGAUUAACAGACGCAAAAGGCAGAGGAGCAGAGCUGUUUGCAAAACGACAAUCUAGGAUGGAAAAGUAUGUUGUUGAGAAACCAUCGGGCUCCAGUAGUUCUGUCAGGCCACCAUCUCCCACCAUGUCUUUGCCCUCAGUUUGGAAGUACUCAUCCCCUUCUGAAGCAUCACUAGUGUCACCUAAUCGAAGCCAAACACCAACCUACUCUUCUGGACCUCUUAAACCCCAGACAACCUCUUCCAUUGUGAAUGAUGUUGAAUCUCCGGAAAAAAGUUUCACUAAACGACAUAUUGAGAUUGCAAAGCAUCAGCCUUACCAGCUUAAUUCCUCAUUAUUUAUAUAUUCAUCUGCAAAGGACCCAGUUAGUUCUUUACCUAAAGCAGCCCCUCCACCAAAACCUAGGGUUCCUGAUCCUGUCCCCUUUGCAAGGCAAAGUUCAUGCCCUGUAGGCUAUACUCCUCCUUCUCCAGCAUCUAACUUCCCAUCUCCCUUCAGAUCACCUCAACAAACUUCUGGUCCACAGUCACAAGUUCCUAUCAAUGGAAUUGGAAGUCAGAGUUUCAGAUCAAGUGACUGGGUUACAGCAAGGCCUACCAACGUUGCUUCUCCAGUUUCUCCUACAUCGUCAUAUAGGAUAUCCUCACCAAAGCCUAAGGAAGGAAUACAAGUCCCAAGGCCUUUCUUUUCAGCCAAGAAAGCAGGGAUCGAACCACAGGUUAGAAAUGAAUCUCUACCAUCAUCACCAAACUUGACUCCCAACAUUCCAAGACGCUUUAGUAGCUGUGACAGAGCUCCAAGCAUUGAAAGAUCAUUUGGUGUUAAUGAAGCUCAGCCAGGACUCCAGAAACCAGUCUCCACUGGCAGCCCAUCUCCUACAUCCCCUUCCUGGAGUGAAAGGUCAUUGUCACCCCUUGGACAAGAUCUGGAGCUUAAGGCCAACAAAAGCAUGCAAGCUCUGAUAGCUAGGAAUAUCAUCAACGCUGCUAAAAGGAAGAGCACCUCCCCCACCGUGUCAACUCUAAAUGGCCAGAGGCCUCUUUUUUCACCAACAAACAGGGAAUUUUCUCCCACUGGUUCCCAGCCUACUAUAAUGUCACCAAUUUCCAGUCGGAAGUGGAUCAACCAGUCUCCAAUACCGGUAAGUCCCCCAGAGACUCCUAUCCACAUAAUGCGAUCUCCAAUUAAGCCGUACAGUACAAGGUCCUUGACAGAUUCUGAUGUCUCCAUUGAUUCUGAGGAUUCUGAAAUGAGGUCUUCUGGGAUUAAAGGCUUUAAUAUUUGCCCCAAGGGAUGGAGUGGAAACCUCAGGUUAAAGAAAGGCAGUAUUCCAUCUGAAGCUUCAUGCACAUCGUAACAUGGGAAAGACCAGACACUCUAAAAGGAGAUAUGGUUUCAAAUUAUAUACCCAGUCUGUGCUUGCAAGAUGCACAACAAAGGUGCAGCAUUUACCUAAGAAAGUAUGCCAAUAGCUGCCAGACCCUGAGAGACACAGUUAAUCUGCAAUUUUAUAAUAUUUGUGCAGAAGAAGAAAAAUAGAUGUAUUGCCAGCUUCCAUAUUUUCAGCAAAAUGGCUUUGUUUUUUUCUUCAUGUGCGGACCUUGGGAAUGUUCAAUUCAAGGCUAUUUGUUUGUGGCAUUAGUGUUAGCCAGCUGAACUUGCAGAGGUCUAGUCAACAAUAGCAGCUGUCAAGGGUAAAAGCAUGAUCUCUUUCAACAAUCGAGAUGCUGUCCUGAAUGAAAUACAAUCAAAGUACAGUGCUUAUACAGGUAAACACUGCAGCUGAGAAGAGGCACAAUCCAUAUUUCACUUUUGCAAAUGAAUAACAUAGCAUCAAUAAAUAUAUCACUUGCAGUCUGAGCAAAGUCCCAUGUCAGCUUAAAAAGCGAUGCUGCACCUUAAUCAAAGUAUUCUGAUUGUAAACAAUUUAUCAGGAAAACAUUUCCUUUGAGUUUAAAGCCUUUCAUGUUUCAUGUUAUGCAUGUAUACUACAUUUACAAGUACAUUUAUCAGUCCGUGAUCCAGACAUGCAGGAGUAUACACUCCAAAUAAAUCCUUGGCUUGUAUUGCUAGUUCUUCACCAGUUUCCUCCACAGAAUACACAGAAGAAUGUGAUAUGGAUAUAACCAAAGUUUAUGGCGUACACCUUAGACAAUUUCAUUAGGAAACGCUAACAUUCCAUUGACAAUUUUAUGACUUCUUCUUGAGGAUUUCUAACAAAACUCAUUUGCUAAAAAGUGAUUACAUGAACAUGGCAAAGAAAGUAGUAAAGCUGUAUUACAGCAUGGAUAUUACAGUGAUUUAAUUAAAUUAAUGACCAUGCUAAUUUCUCCAAAUUCUCAUCAGUCCUGACAAGGGCCACGAUACCCACUGUUUCUGCAACAACACAUCUGUUAAGAAGGCAGCAUAUGAUAAGGAUCUAAAAAACAAAUGCAGUUGUAUAGUAGUGAUUUGCAGCCAGACAAAAUAACUGCUCCAUGACAUCACCAAAACACUGUUGGCUCUGUUAAGCACAGAGCUUUGUUCCUUAUAUGCUUCUUAUAGUGACAGUACUUUUGGUCAUGAGAGAAAUGUUACUGUGUUACUUUACUGGCAAGUAUUUUAUUCACCACCUGUGGCAGGCCACAGACAUAUCCAAGUGUAAAUAUUGUAAUGCAAUAGAUGUUAGUGUUUGGCAAGUGAUUUUUUUUCUUGUGAUAUAUCCCUUCUACUGUUAGGUCUCCAUCUGAUGUGUCAAGAGGGACAAUGAGGUCUCCAGGGUAUACAAUCUUAAAAUCUUCUGUUAUUAGCACUUCAUGUGAUUUUAUUGGAAGCAGAGAUCUUUUUUAAUUGGAGACUGAAAAACCGAGGGUGAGCACAGAGAGAGAGAGAGAAAUUUUCAAUAGCCACAUGAUGUGGACUAAGUGGUGAAGAUCACAUUAAAUGACUCUGGGGACCACUGCAUUAUGUAAGAUGUUUUAUUUACUGACUAUAAGAAAGUAGUACUUAUUAUUAAAAAAAUAAGGUAUGUUUCUUUCAGAAGUGGUUUUGUGCUUAUACUUUAAAAAUAAGAACAGUUCUGCCUACUGUAGUAGAAGUGCAACGUACAAGUGCAAGUUGCCCCUAAGGUGCUUCAUUAGUCUAUUUUUUCCCUAUUUACGUAUCUGCCAUUUUAGACCUAUUAUAGUCUUACUAUUGAAAGGUAUUGGCUUUAUCUUGCAUCUAGAACACUAAAGGGAAGGGAAGAAAAUCUUAUUUACAAUUAAAUGAAUUAUGACAGCAGGCCUCACCACUGCAAAUUUCCAAGAUGAACCAUUGUUAAUUGCACUGUUUGUUUCUGAUCAUGUGACAUGGUUGAGGUGACAACAAAAAGUAGAACAGGGUCCACUAGUGGUUGCACUGGUUUCUUAAGCCUGAGCCACUCUUCCAUUAUGAGAAAGGAAGGCAAAGUAUAAAAACAUGAUCCCACAUUCCACAGUCUCAUUCUAACUUCAGAAUGCUCACAUCAGUUUAAGUGGCUCAAGACUGUUGCUCUUUGGAGUGUAUCUUUCAGCUUCUACCAGCGAUGAGGAAUAUAUCACAAUUUAGCCCUCAGAGCUAGUUAGGUUUGCAUUAGGAACUCCUGGCCCAUAUAGUGAAUUUAUUAUCAAUUCAGACUUGAAGGAACACCAUAACAUGCUAACAUUCUGAAUUAAAGAUAAGUUUCAUAUGAGUGACCAAAUGAGAUUCGGCACUGGCUGUCUGCAACAGUUUGCUUUGUUCAGACUGAUCAUUAUGAAGUUGUUAAUCAAAGAAUGCGCCUUCAGAGAACUGUAGAACAAAUGCUUUAUAGAACAAGUUUCCAGCAUCUUCCGCAGUGUUUCUGUUUCACGGCAGGUACUGGAAAGUUUCUUUCAAAAACAUUAUUGUAUUAACCCAAAGAAAAUUUGUGUCAUAUUAAAUGAUUGUAAUUUUUGUAAAAAAUGGCUAUUAGCUAGAGAUUUAGAAUCAGGUGAACAGAAGAAAGUAGUUUCAGCAAGUGUUUUUUUGAAAUAUGCAUUGUGAGAAUGCAACCAAAGAUACAGCAGUGCUGUAAUAGGGAGGUGUGAGCAUCCAGUGACGGUUUCAGCUGACGUUCUACACUUACCUGCACAUUUAACUAUUAUGUUCUAAAAAUGUGCUAGUGUGUACAUAUCAGUGUCUUUGUGUUUGCAAUUCAAUGUGUAUGUGUGUAUGUAUAUAAUUAUCUCACAGAAGAAAGUCAGAAUGGGUAUGUGUUUAUGCAUUAUGGAGAUACUGUGCUAAGGCAUAAAAUAGUUUGUCUCCUUAUGAAUAUCCAGGGAAAUAAACUAGUAGAGACAUUUGGAGUUGUGUAACAAGAAAAGAAAUUCCAGCACCAAGAAUUCUACCACUGGUAAAACUAUGUAUAUACAUUUAGAAGAAAAAACAAAAGCAUUCAUUUUACAUGUUUAUUUUAAACAAUGGCACUGUUUCAGAGAUUUUAUUUUUUUAAGUCAGUAAUGUUUUAUGCCAUUGCUGAUUACUGGGGCAGGAAUUUUUGUUCUAAUCGAUAAUGUUUGGAUUUGUAUAUAGCUAUAAAUAUGAAUCACAUGUGUCUAUGCUUAACUGUGCUGCAAUGUGUUCCUGUUAAACAAAAACUACUUGCGAAAGUGAAAGUUAGCGAAAGGCAUGAUUCACAACAUAAUAAUUAAAUGAAUUGAAAUACAGGUCAAAAACAGGACUGACAUCUAGUUUUAUCAUUUGUACUGUCCUUGAGAAACUGGUGUAACCUCCUUGUAGUCAUAGCAUGUAUUUGGAAACAAAAUGUAUCUUAUUGUGCCUUCACUGAAUGCAGGCUAUUUCACUGAGAUAGUCUAAUAGGUGUGAUUCAGAAAAAACUUUUGAAGAGUCUUAGCGCUGCAAAUGGCUGUGAUUAUUGCAGCCUGCAGGUACCUUUUAGCGUAUGAGCAAAAACAACCCCUUUCUUCUUCAUAGUGUUUGACUACCCAAGGAAAUCAUCAACUCCUUGCCACUUGGCUUAUACUUUUUGGAAGUUGAGUAUUUUUAUUUUUUCUAAAGCAGUUUUUUUAACCCUUUAACAUUUUUCCAUAUUUCUCCCUUUGUAUCACAUGAUCCAGGGUGAUUGCUUCCUUUGGUACUGUGAAAAGGAGCCAAUGUAGCACUCAUCAUUAGGGCCAUGGUAUUGUGGGAGAAAGAAUAGGCCUCAGCCUUGCAAAUUUCCUUGAUGAACCAUUGUUAAUGGAACUGUUAGUGUCUGACCAUGUAGCAUGGUUGAGGUGAUUUAAAAAAAAGUAGAACAGGCCCACAAGUGGUUGCACUGAUUCUUGAGUUCCUUAUUCUGUACGGCAGCUGCCAGUGUGUUUUGGGUCAUUUUUCUUCCCCUUCCUAGGCAUGAUAUGCAAUACAUUCAUUCCACAAGAUUAAAAUAUGUUCUUUAAGGUGUUCUUCAUAUGCCUGCUUAUGCUCUCAUAGUCUUUAGCUAUACUGAUCAACGGCAUCUACUAAUUGUUAUCUAAAACAUGGCUGUUCCUCCAACACUACUACAAUUUCACUGGACGUACACCUGGCUCUUGACAGCUUGAUAUUUCCACUUUGCUGAAAACGAAUGGAUCAUUUUAAUUGGUCUUCAAUGACUGGAUUUAAAUGGACUGGCAAUGAAAGAAUAAGGGGAUACUGGAGUUUUAAUGAAAGGUAGAAGGCAAGAAAGGGGUAGUCCAUUAGAUAAAAAAGUCCUAAUAAAACCUAGAAAAAAAUCAGUUUCUUAACGAAUACCAUGCAAAGCACUGUACAGAAGUGGUUGGCUGUUUAUGUUCAGCACCUUAUUAGAACAGAAUGUAACAAGGUGAUCUAUAGUAGUGCCAUGUCUAAAUGAAUGAUCAGUCAAGGAAAAUAAAUGAACCCAUGCUGGCUGUUUGUAAAACUCUGACUGCCACCUGUGUAAACAGGGUUUGAUUUGUGGGCUCACGUGCAGAAGGAACCAGUGUAGUAGGAGGAGGUGAGAGGCCUGGGAGGGCUCACCUAUAUCAAGGUAACAAUAUUGACUAGUUCCAUCCACCUGAGAGCUUGACAGAAGUUAGAUGUGUGAUAGAGUGCUCACAGACAACAUUGUGUGACAUUUGCACCUCCAAGUGGUGCUCAUUAGCCAAAAACAUUUGUGCAGACAUACCUGAGCACACCAGCAUAGUAAGCCUUGCUUCAGAUGUGUGAUAAGUGGUCAUCAGCGGGCAGAGACUUAGGCAAGCAAGAAUGCUGUAUCUGUGAAUGAUGCCCAUCAGUCAUCGAGUAAAGGUUGUAGGGUGCAUUUAAGGCAAAACUUUCUUAGAGAUAUACCCUAGCUAAUGGGGUAUGUGGAGAUGUUAAAGGCUAAACAGGGUAAAGGAAAUGAAAAGGUCUUCAACAGACUGGGAGGGAAACAUGACCAAAGACUUGGGAGGACCAAAAAGGAUACAAGUAUACACAUAUCAUAUGUAUGUAUGUCUACUCACACACACAUAGAUAUAUAAAAUGUGUGUGUGUGUGUGUGUGUGUGUGUGUGUGUGUGUGUGUGUGUGUGUGUGUGUGUGUGUGUGUGUGUGUGUGUGUGUGUGUGUGUGUCUGUGGAAUACUGAGAUACUGGGGUUUGAUCUAUAUCCUACAUUCUAAAUUGUUGACAGCCUUUUCAGAGACACAAAACUUUUUUUAGGAACAACUUACAAUGAGCAAAUCAAUCCUGCCAUCCACCCCUUGCAGAACACGUUAAAAAACAUUUUUGAGUUUUGGAAAAAACUAAGUUGAUGGCUUGGUGCUUAUAAAAUAGACCUUGUUGAAUAAUCAUAUGUGUGUGUGUGUGUGUGUGUAUGUGUGUGUGUGUGUGUUUGUUUCUCCUAAAAGGAGUCGAUUGACCUAGUGGGACUGACCUGAUCAACACUGUGUAAAUAAGUAUAAGAACAGGAUAUGAAGUGUUGAUGUGCAGAAACAUUGACGCACAUCACAUCAAUUUCUGGAUUAAAGCAGUGCAUAUAAAUGAAAAAAGGCCAAAUCAAUACCUAUUGCAAAAGAAAAACAGUCUUCCAUUGAGAUUGGUCCACCAAAAAUUAUUUAAUUAAUAAUUAAUUAAUAAAGGUAAAACACCACACCAAACAGUACUUCCAGACACUCUUUGUGUGAAUAGCUGUACUGUUAGGAAAACAUUUUUUUCAUGAGGUAAUGUGCCUCUUUACACCACCUUACCCAUGUGUGUGUUAGUGCUAAACCUAACCCUGGCCCUGCCCCAACCCCAAUCCUACACCUUACAGUAUGAAAAACUUUGUCCUUAGCAAUAGCACUAAACACUCACAGAUUCACUUCAUGUAAAUUAGCAGAUACACCACACACACACACACACACACACACACACACACACACACACACACACACACACACACACACACACAGUUUCAUACAUUUACGUACACCAACACAUACAUAACAGUACGUAUAUUUCCUUCCCUAGCUCUUAAUGUAUCCCCAGCCCACAAGCAAUUGCACACACACUCCUAACCCUAACAACAAAACUUUCAGUAUAUCUGAAAGUUUCAGCAUUAAAAGAAUCCCCCUCUUACUGUGAAAAUAAGCACAUCCCACACAGAAGAGUAAAACUUAAUGUUACUACUUUUGAAAACUCCUACUAUUGAAAGUCAGUGAUUUCAAUAUAAAAAGACAAUAGCAAACUCUGUUGACAGUGUUCAUUCACCAGAGUCUACUACAACUGUGUGCGUGUGUGUGUGUGUGUGUGUGUGUGUGUGUGUGUGUGUGUGUGUGUGUGUGUGUGUGUGUGUAUGCAUGUGCAUCCAUAUGUAUAUAAAUAUAUCAAUAGAUACAGGUGUAUACAUAUGCAGUAUUGAUUAGUGUUUUGAGUCAUCAUGUGUGACCCAGUUUAUGGACUUCUUUAAGGUUUUCAGAGGUGGACUCAGUGGAGUAAUUUGUAUCUGUUUGGUAAAUGUAUGAUGUUGGGAAGGGCAGUUGUUUGUGUUUUUUCAGAGGGUAUGUCGAAAAAGCUACAUAAUUUAAUUAACCUUAACUGUGCUGUAACUGUGUAAAUGGGUGUUAUGUAAUGUGUGAUGGGAGGCACAGUGGUACAGCAGCUAGUGUUGUCACCUCACAGCAAGAGGUUCAUCAGUUUGAUUCUCAGUUGGGAUGCCUUCUUUGGGGAGUCUGCAUAUUCCCCCCUGUGUUAAUGUGAGUUUUCUCCAUGUGCUCCAGUUUCCUCUCACAUUCCAAAGACAUGCAGCAGAUAAACUGGACUCUCUAAUCUGUCCAUAGGUGUGAGUGUACAUGCAUGCUCUGCCAGGGCUAGUCACCUAGCUGUGUGAACACUGACUCUAUCAGUUGUCACUGUCACCCCAUGUUCAAGAAUGAGAAAAAAAGAGUUUGGAUGGAAGGAUGAAUGGAUGGAUGGAUGAUUAAUGGAUGUUACAGUCCAGCUGCACUAAAGGCACCUGAUUCAUCUAUGUAUCAUAGAAACUAAGUUGUAAGCUGUUCUAAGAAGUCUGUGAGGUUGUAGUGAUAAAAAGAAAGUGGAGAGUACAUGAGCUGGUUAAGAAAGAUGUAAUAAGGUAAGAAUGUAUGAGAGAAGAGUGUGACAGUUUAGGUACUUCAGAAAAUACUAAAAGUGGAAGUGAGGUAUAAAAAGGACAAGAAAGUGAAAACUGACAAAAUCUAUCCGAUAGCCACUUAACUACAACUUUAAAAGUAAACUACUAUCUCAUCAAAUCAGGCAGCUGAUACAGUGGAAAGUAUAUCUUUUAUUGUAAAAUUGGAAUCCCCACUAGAAAAAUGCCAUAUCCAAUGAUCAGUACUGGAAUUCUGAAGCUUGUCUGGUUGUCUGACUUUUGAAAAAGGCAGACGUUUUAUUCUUUUCGUUUUACCUGCCAUUUGAAAAGUGCAUGUUUGUGUAAUGUCCAGGUUAUGUCACAUUUUAUAGUAAAGGAUGAGAAACUGGCACACAAUCAGAACAUGGUACUAGAAUAAAAGGAUAUAAAUUUGCAUCCAGAGCCAGAUAAAACAUACUGUUUCAUUGGCACAGAGAGCUUCAGUUCAGAGAGUAAUGUAGUUGUUGACCAUUACAGAAUGGAAUAAUAUAUGAUUGUCAGCAGUCUGCAGUAAACAGGUUUUCACAAAUCUUGGAUUGAAAAACUAGUAUUUUUUUAAAAUAAAUAAGGCAUGUACGCAAAAAGGAAAGUGAACACCUGUCUUGAAAUGCAUGUUCCUUAGGUGGGCAUAAAGUGUGUGUGUGUGUGUGUGUGUGUGUGUGUGUGUGUGUGUGUGUGUGUGUGUGUGUGUGUGUGUGUGUGUGUGUGUGUGUGUGUGCGUCUUAUCUUGACUUCUUUCUCUCUGAAAGUGAAAAGACAAGGCAUAGAGGUAUUUUGCAGUCUGCACAGUAUCUGUUCACUUUAUUUGUUUUAAACAAUAAAUGUGUGCACAUUUUGAGUUUCUCACUAGGCAAUCUCUACAUAGUUGAUGACUGCCUCUCUGAUGUCGAUGUAUCUUGUUUCUGCCUCAAAUGCCUUUGCAGCAUGUAUUGCUACGUAAUGGUGGUAGAUGAAGCUCACAGGUAAUGGCCUUCACAGUCCUAAGUCCUAGUGUGCAAAAAAUCAAAACGCUGAAACUGUGUUUCUUCCAAUGCUGUAUCGACAUACUGGCUUUUUAUAUUGUCAUAUGCAAGCCUCAUUGUGUAUUGCUGUAAUCUGUAUUACAAAUUUUAAUAAACUUAUAACCUUA